CUCCCGCUGUCUGAAGAACCGCAAUUUAUUCCAAGCACUAACCCUCACUUUUCAAUCUCUGUUCCUCUACUACUAAUAAAAAUAAUACCCUCAAGGUUCAGGUCUUUCCCUGGUCACCGGAAGAAUUAAAGAACCACCAUGUGUAAACACAUCCUCAAUGCUCAGGUGGCCAUUCGUUCUCCAUGCUGCCGGAAAUGGUUCGACUGCGCAGAAUGCCACCACGAACAAGAAACUCAUCCACUGGCCAAAUCCGCCGAAAUGAUCUUUGCGUGCAAAAAGUGCAAAAAGUGUUUCCGGAAAGAUGCCUCGGAGUUUGAAGAAAGUGACGAAUACUGCCCUCACUGCGAUAACCAUUUCGUAAUCGACGCCGUCACCCCGAAGCCCACAUUACAAGUCGAGGGAGAAGAUGUCCGAAUAGACUCCCGGAUGCUCAAAGACGACCGGGUGCGCGGAGACCAGGAACGUUCCCUCUUCAACAUCACAGAUGCCGCCGAUCGUCUAGGAUAGACCAGACUCAAAUAGAUUACGACGAUUACGACCUUUUAUUAUGUGGCAUCGUUUGCCUCGCCAAUAAGUCGCUACACGCCCCUUGUGCAAACCGGAUUAGAUAUCCCGGUGUAUACUUUCGCAACCGGUUUCUUAUUUUUUCGUAAAUUGCUCGCUUCGGCAAAGAUAUUAUUCCAGAGAUUAAACAGAUAAAAGCACUAGUCUCAUAGGUCAACGUAGCCCACGUAGCCCCUUCUAAUCAGGUCGC